AUGGCGCAGGACGAUCGGCUGGAUACGCUGGUGAAGCUGAUCGAGGAGGCCGAGAAGAAUUGGAAGGCAUCGGAUGAGAGGACGCGGGCUGACUUGCGGGAUCUCAAGCACUCGAUGGAUUCUCGUCUACCUACGGUGGAGACGCAAGUAGAAGAUCAAGGUAACAAUGAAUCCUUCCUCCACUCUGGAAAUUUUUCUGGAACUGGUCUAGUGUUUUCUGGAAAUUUUUCUGUGGGAGGCAGUGUUCCACCAAUGACUUGUCCCCAAUUCAAUGGUGAUAACCCGCAAAUGUGGAAAGCCAAUUGUGAGCAGUAUUUUGAUGUUUAUGGCAUACAUCCUUUCAAUUGGGUAAAAGUGGCUACACUAAAUUUUACUGGAAAUGCUGCAUUCACCAAGGACAGAUAUGAAGCACUUAUUAGGCAAUGGAUUCACCUUGAGCAAAUAGGCUCUGUAGCUGAGUACAUUGAGAAGUUUGACAGUAUAGUGCAUCAACUGAUAGCUUAUGACAAUAAUGAAGAAGCUCUUGAAGGGGUUAAGCCGGCAACUACUAGGAGGCAUGAAGGAGUAGCUUAUGUCAGGAAUCCUCACAGAACUCACACUACUUCACAUUCAACGCCUGUCUCCAGUAGGCCAUCAUGUGAAGGCCGUAGAGACUCUGACCAUUUGAAGAAUUGUUGCAAGCCUUUGAGUGGUACUGAGUGUGAAUAUAAAGGAGAUGAUGCUAAUCAGGGGGAAGAAGAAGAUAUCCUAAUGGCCAUAUCUAACCAGGCUUUGAGUGGUACUGAAACCAGUAAAUCCAUCAGAUUGAGGGGAUGGGUUCAAAAUUCUGAAGUACUAAUGCUGGUUGCUGAUGGAGGUCAAAUCACUUGUACUCAUAUGCUACCCCAGUGUCAUUGGCUGGUGCAAGGGCAAAGUUUCAAGAGCAAUUUCAGAAUGAUUCCAUUGGGAAGCUAUGAUAUCAUACUUGGCAUGGAUUGGCUUGAACAAUUCAGUCCAAUGCAGGUUAAUACUAUUGAGAUGGCAAAGAAAGCUCCUAUACCUGAACAGAUUCAACCCUUGGUUCAGGAGUUCAAGGAAUUGUUUCAAGAGCCUACUGACUUACCACCCAGAAGAAAUUGUGAUCACCAUAUCCCACUAGUUGAGGGGGCUAAACCUGUCAAUCUGCGACCCUAUAGAUAUAAACCAACCUUGAAGGAUGAAAUUGAAAGACAAGUAGCUGAAAUGCUGCAAUCUGGAGUUAUACAACACAGCCAUAGUGCUUUUUCCUCCCUAGCUCUUUUAGUUAAAAAGAAGGAUGGCACUUGGAGGCUCUGUAUUGAUUACAGACAACUCAAUGAUAUAACUGUGAAAAGAAGAUAUCAUGUACCUGUUAUUGAUGAGCUCUUGGAUGAACUUGCUGGUUCUAAGUGGUUUAGUAAAUUGGAUCUACGUGCUGGAUAUCAUCAAAUCAGGAUGGUUGCAGGUGAUGAACAUAAGACAGAUUUCCAAACUCAUUCUGGGCAUUACGAAUACCGAGUUAUGUCCUUUGGAUUGACUGGGGCUCCUGCGACUUUCUUGUCAGCCAUGAAUGAAACUUUAUCUCCAGCUCUGAGAAAAUUUGCUCUAGUAUUUUUUGAUGAUAUUCUCAUCUACAGCCCAGAUUUUCAAACUCAUCUCGCCCAUAUUCGUGCCAUAUUUGAGCUGUUGGCUAAAGAUCAAUGGAAGAUUAAAUUAAGCAAGUGUGCUUUUGGACAGCAACAGAUUUCUUACUUGGGCCAUGUCAUUAGUGCUGAUGGUGUAUCCACUGAUCCUAAGAAAAUUCAAGAUGUCGUUUCUUGGCCAAUCCCUUCCAAUAUCAAGAAAUUAAGAGGCUUCUUGGGACUUGCUGGUUAUUACAGAAAGUUUGUUAAGGAUUUUGGUUCCAUUAGCAAACCUCUAACUCUCUUGUUAAGAAAAGGGGUUUUUGUUGUUGAAACUAAUGCCAGUGACCAUGGAGUGGGUGCAGUUUUAUCUCAGGACAAACAUCCACUCGCAUACAUCAACAAGGCUUUAGGUCCCAAAACUGAAGGAUUGUCCACUUAUGAAAAGGAAUGCAUGGCUAUAUUGAUGGCUGUAGAUCACUGGAGGUCUUACCUGCAGCAUGCCCAGUUUAUUAUUCUCAUAGAUCAUCAUAGCCUGAUGCAUUUAUCUGACCAACGUUUGCAUACACCCUGGCAACACAAGGCUUUCACAAAACUUCUUAGGUUACAAUAUCGCAUCUGUUAUAGAAAGGGGGCAACUAACUCUGCUGCUGAUGCACUUUCCCGUAGGGAUCAUUCUACUUCUGCCAGUGAAGGGCAUAUCCUUGCCAUCUCUGAAACUACACCACUUUGGCUGCAGGAGGUCACACAAGGUUAUCAGGACAACACCCUUGAUUCACAAUUACUGGCUGAGUUGAUUUUGAAUCCUCAGGGUGGCCAUUCUGGUUUUCCCACCACCUAUCGCAGGAUUAAAUCAUUGUUUGCCUGGCCUCAAAUGAAAGUGAGUAUUCAACAGCAACUCAAGACUUGUCAGAUGGAUGGACAAACUGAGCGUGUAAACCAGUGCCUCGAAAUUUUUCUGAGAUGUUUUGUUCAUGCUACUCCUUCCAAGUCUCCCUUUGAGGCGCUGUAUGGAUACUCUCCUGGUCAUUUUGGUAUUAGCUCUGCCAAUUGUUCGGUACCAGACCUAGGUGAAUGGCUACAGGAGCGCAAAAUGAUGCAACAUCUUCUGCAACAACAUUUACAUCGUGCUCAGCAGCAAAUGAAGCAUCAAGCUGAUAAGAAGCGCAGUUUCAGGGAAUUUCAUGAAGGUGAUUGGGUAUAUCUGAAGCUGCACCCCUAUGUUCAGAUGUCUGUGGCUUGCCGUGCUAAUCACAAGCUAUCGUUUCGUUAUUAUGGGCCUUAUCAAGUUGUGGCACGUGUGGGUUUAGUCGCUUACAAGCUUGAUCUACCUGCUUCCAGUUCCAUCCAUCCGGUGGUGCAUGUCUCUCAGCUUCGUGCGGCUCAUGGUUUUCAUCCCACAGUUCAGCUCCAACUUCCCACUCUCUCUAGUCAUCUUCAAGUUCCUGCCCAGGUUCUGGACCACCGCCUUACCAAGAAGGGCAACUCUGUUACUCCGCAAGUUCUUGUAUAG